AUGGCCUGGACCCCGCUCCUCCUGGGCCUCCUGGCUCACUGCACAGGUUCUGUAUCUUCCUAUGAGCUGAAUCAGCCACCUUCAUUUUCUGUGAGACCAGGAGGGGAGGCCAAGAUGACCUGUGCGGGAAACAACAUUGGAGGAAAAACUGCUUACUGGUACCAGCAGAAGCCAGGCCAGGCCCCUGUGCUCGUCAUAUAUAACAGCAACCGGCCCUCGGGGAUCCCUGACCGCUUCUCUGGCUCCAACUCUGGCAACCUGGCCACCCUGACCAUCAGGGGAGUCCAGGCUGAGGAUGAGGCCGACUAUUACUGUGCAGCAGCUGGUACCAUUGACGGCACCUGGCAGUGCGUGUUCGGCGGUGGAACCAAGCUGACUGUCCUAGGUCAGCCCACGGCUACACCCUCAGUCACUCUCUUCCCGCCCUCCUCUGAGGAGAUCACUAAUGCCAAAAAGGCCACACUGGUGUGUCUGAUGAACGACUUCUAUCCCGGCUCUGUGACGGUGACCUGGAAGGCAGAUGGCAACGACAUCACUCAGGGUGUGGAGACCACCAAGCCAUCCAAACAGAGCAACAACAAGUAUGCGGCCAGCAGCUACCUGAGCUUGACGCCCGCCAAGUGGCAAUCUCACCGUGAGAUCACCUGCCAGGUCAAGCACGAAGGCACAACCGUGGAGAAGACAGUGGGCCCUUCAGAGUGUUCUUAGACCUUUGGGAAAACCCACCCAAGGGCACCUUCCUCACCCACACGCCCUACUUCCCAUAAUUCUACCCGAACCCCUGAUAUACCUUCCCCGGGUCAGCUCAGACCUUGUGGGUUCCUUUCCCUGUAACUAUUGCUUCUCAAUAAAGAGCUAAUCAUUUAUUAUGUGA